AUGGCCGACAAGUGGGAAGAGCUCUUCAGAACUCUGGCGGAGAACACGCACUCCAUUACCCAGAUUCUGGAUGAGACGAAUGAGGGGGAUGAGUUGGAUGAGAAGUACAAGGAAAUCGAAGCUGCCCGCGAUGCAGUCGUGAAAGCCGCCAAGGAGGCACCAUCUGACAUCCCCGACUUCUACGAUGACGGAGCCCAGCUCGAACUCAGCAAUGCCGCAAACAUUCCCGUCACAGCCUGCGACAAGCUCGUCACCGCCCUGAACGAGAAGACCGACAUCUGGAAGGAAAAGCAGGAUCUCGGCAAGAUUGUCAAGGAGGUCGUACACACGAACUCGGAGGCUUUGAACAAGCCGUACCCAGCUGCCAACCCGAAUGCUCCAAAGAUCACAGGCCAAAUGAAGAAGGCAGAGGCGGAGAGCAACAGACUCGCAAAGGCGCAUGCUAAGCCUGCUGAUUCUUAG